AUGGAUACCUUUCACAAGUCCUUCUUUUCCAUCUUCAUGAUCUCAGCCGCGAGGUUUGGCAUUUUGCGCUUCUGGUCGCUCAUUCCAUUAUGGUUGUAUGGCCCUCUUGUUGUGCUUAAUCCCUGGUGGCGACUAGGCCAUCUGGAUAGAGGGCGGUAUUUGGCUUACGCUAUGGCCGCUCGUCAGCUCAAUUAUUGCUAUGAGAUGCGAGAGACAAAGGAUUGGACGUUUGGCGGAGGACUGGGUAAAAUCAUGGGGAUGUUUGUUAUUAUUCUUCUAGCCGCUCAAGAUGUUUUAAUUUUCCCCAUUGCUGCAUUCCCUCGCUACGUCGCUGCACCUGCCAUCAUAAUCUGCAGGUUUUUCCAACCAGCAAAGAAUAAACCGCGAGUCACAAAAUGGGCAUUUCAUUUUGAAGAACUGUUAUCUCAAACACGAAGCGACAACGCGAAAGCUUUGGCAACGAUGCUGCGAGAUGAUGAUAUUGUUGGGAGAGUCGCCCGUCAUCUACACUACGAUGAUAUGGUCAACCUCUCACUGACAUCAAAGCUGAUACGCACGUCGAUAUUUUAUCCGUCUCUCGAGGCUCCUCGGCGUCGAAAUCGUGCAGAGUCACUAUGCGUUACUUCAUGUAUUGAUGGACAGAAGACAGAAUGCUGGGGCUGCGAGCGUGUGAUUUGCUUUAAAUGCACACAUCAAAGGUCAGACAUUCAACUUUCCCGAGUUAAAGACCAUUUCGCCAACUGCUAUGCUGUCUGCAUAUACUGCUACCUGAUGUCGGCCCCUGGAGGCGCGGCGCCCUUUCAAGCCAAACGAAACAUGCAGGACCUGGAGUUGCAGCAUAUCAAUUGCUGUACUGUGCAAAUUUGGACGGAUCAGCUGUCACGGCGAUGA